AUGACUGCCAAAGCGCUACCAAAAGUCGAGCGGACGACCAUCGCGGGGACAAUCGAGAUACCCCGCAUCCUCAACGGCCUCUGGCAACUCGCCGGCGGGCAUGAUCAGAAUAUUGACGUCGCGGCAGCAGCAGACGCGAUGAAGCCCUUAAUUCAAGCUGGGCUCGAUGGCUUUGACAUGGCAGACCACUACGGUCCUGCAGAGCUCGUCGUCGGCCACCACAACGACACUUCAUCCUCUCACGCUCCCAUCACAGCCUUUACAAAAUGGUGCCCCGCCGAAACCGGCGACAAAUCCUUCGAAACAGCAGAAGCAGCUGUCAACCUCGCUCUCACAAGAAUGGGCCAGAAGCAGAUCGCGCUGAUGCAGUACCACGUCUGGGAUUACACGGACGACACGUACCUCCACAACCUAUCCCACCUGCGCACCCUCCAACAAGCCGGCAAGAUUGCACAUAUAGGACUCACCAACGUCGACGCGGCGCACCUGGAGCUGCUCCUUCACUCUGGCUACGAAAUCGCCACGAACCAGGUCUCGUGCUCCGUUAUCGAUCGCCGGCUGAUGAGGGGCCGAAUGGCGGGGAUAUGCGACCGGCACUCGGUUGGCGUGUUGACGUAUGGGACUUUACUUGGAGGCUUUUUGAGUGAGAAGUGGGUUGGGAAGCCGGAGCCUGCGGACGAUGGGGAGGGGAUGAAUUGGAGUCUGAGAAAGUAUAUCCGCUUCAUACACGCCGCGGGUGGCUGGGAUGCCUUUCAGCGUGUUUUGGGUGCUGUUGUCGACGUUGCGAAGAAGCACGGCGUUCCUGUUGCGGCGGUGGCGGUGAGGUGGGUGCUUGAUAUACCCGUCGUCAAGGCGGUCAUCGUUGGGGCGAGGUUGACUUCCGAGAGCGGGAAGUACGCCGAGGCGAACCUCGCAGCGUUUGGCUUCUCGCUCGACGAAGAGGAUUGGAGGAAGAUUGAGGCUGCGCAGGAGGGGUUGAAGGAUAUACCAGGGGAUUGCGGCGACGAAUACAGGAGGCCGCCGUUCUUGACGGCUUCAGGGGACUUGAGCCAUCACGACCUCUGGGAGAAGGGUCAGCUGGACGAGGUGGAAAAGGCGAUUGCUAGAGGAGAGAGGGUUGAGUUUCGGUCGGGUGGCAAGUGGGAGCCCGUUGCUGGGUACUCGCGCGCCGUGAGGUUUGGGAAUGUCAUACGGGUGUCUGGGACGACGGCGAACCCACCACCUGAGGUCCGGCCUGGGCUUGCUGCGGUGGUUGGAGGAGCUUCUGCUCGGUCUCAGGCGGUUGCUGCACUGGAUAUUAUUGAGGGGAGUCUCAAGAGGUUGGGGGGAAGCAUGGCGGAUGUGGUCCGGACAAGGGUGAUGCUUCGGCGGGAAGAGGAUGUUUUGGAAGUAUCAGAGGCUCAUGGAUGGAUUUUCAAGUGUCAUGGGAUUCGGCCGGCUAAUACUACGGUCACGGCUGGGCUGAUUGGGGAUGAGGUGCUUGUUGAGAUUGAAGCUGAGGUAGAGGUGGGCAGUGGCAAGUCUGUCUUGGGGAUUGGAGAGGAUCGUGGGGCGGUUUGA